AUGCUCGAACCCCAAGCACUGGCCUCUGCCCUCCUCCACUCCAAAGCCUCUAGUGCUCCCCCAGUUGUGCCUGAGGGCGAUACGGACUCCGCAACGGUGUCCCGAACGCCCUCGGGUUCCUCCAUCUCUUCGGUGGCCUCAACUACCAGCGGCGAGGGCCCACCAUCGGUGUUCUCCUCCCCUACACAGACUGCGUCAACCCAAGUGACCACUCCUGCCAACUCGGACCGAGGAGCACAGCCGCCAGGGGGAGCUACUGCCAUUUCAUCCAGUUCACGCACGAGGCCAACGUCAUCCGGGAGCAAGUCAGCGUCAUCAACAUCUACCUCAACAUCUACCCGCUCAAGUUCGAGCACUGUUCGCAAACACUCCCGCGAUGAGGCGCAGAAGCUUACAUAUACCGACGAGGACUGGGCGCAGGACGUACGAUGGCUCACCCCACCGAAGAUGCCCGCCGCCUCGGGGACAUCGGCCACUCGGAGGCGUUCGCGGGUAAUAGCACCAGACUUCCAGCUCCCCCCACCCCUUGAGCUCGACGGAUCGAGCGCAUACGCGGUCCCUCCUACAGCCAGGUCGGGGCCUCCGCGGACCAAGGGCGACCGGAGAAGUAAGCAUUCACGCCGCUCGCGAGGCAGGAUGUCUGCUCUUUGGGAGGAAGAUGAGAGUGAGGAGUGCAGCACUGGUAUCAGCAGCAGCGAGCCAAGUCGGUCAUCGACGCCAAUGAUGGACACUCCGCCGCAUUCUGUCCCGUCUUCUCCCCUCGCUAAGGCCACUACCCUCCCGCCAGACCUUCCUGACGACAGCCCGCCCUCCGAGUCCACUCACGAAAGUACUCCCGAUGCCCGCUUACAGAAGUACGCAAGGGGGCAACGACAGUCACUCUCUACUACCGCAGCCUAUUUCCGCCCUGGUGGCUCCGCUUCCUCGAAUUUACCCACCCAUCCACUCCCUACGCCCUUUCCCGCGUCGGCAUCGUCUACACCCAAAGGCGGUUACACCGGUCUCACCCUCCCACACGCGGGCUAUUCCAAUGCGAAGGGCAAGACCACUGCCGAAGGCCAUGUUGAUCUUGUGCGCGCAGGCGUCGCGCAGAGUAGCAUGUGCACCAUCGAAGUUAUCCGUGGGGUAGCGGCGACCGUGUCGUAUAGUUCGCCGGUCUCCGCCCCGUCCAAAUCGCGGCGAACGUUUUCCAUCACUCUCGGUCGCUCGUUCUCUCUCAGCCUCAGGAAGAAGCGGGAAAGCGCGACACCCAUACACCUGCAGGGCAGCUUACCCCUCCCUGUCGCCUUCACCGCGCAUGUCUCCCCACCGACGUACGUCCCCGAAUCACAUGUUCUGGUGCAGGUGCACGCAGUGGGGCUUGACACUCUGGACUCGCUCAUCGUACACGACAAGUCGGGGAUGAGCGGGAGCGGUGGCGUAGGCGGCGGGAAGGGCAUCGGGGGCGGGAAAGCUGGCUUCAUACCCGGUCGGAGUUUCGUUGGGAAGGUGGUGGAGUGCGGAUGGGCGGUAAGUGCGGAAGUCUGCCGACGCGGGGAGUGGGUGGUUGGCCUGCUCGAUGUGCGAAAGUGCGGCGCCCUUGCCGAGUUCAUUCUCGUCGAGCGCCAUCGGGUGCACCGCGCUCCGCAACCACGAGCUCGGACCGUAUCGCUCUUCCCGCCACGCAAACGUGCACACAUACGCAGCACGUCCCUCCCCGCUAACGGAAAUGCGCUUCCCUACGCGUCUUCGCCUCUCGCUCCGCCACCAUUGACGAUCGAGGAGCUGGCGCUCCUUCCUCUGUGCGGCGUACCCGCGCAUCGUGCUCUCCGCACGUUUGCAGACGUACUCUCUCCAUCCAACCGCUCCCAAUCAGAUGAAGCGAAACCCGAUGUCCGUGCGCUUGUCCUGCAAGGCCACGACGGCUGCGGUGCACUCGCCGUGCAAAUGCUCGGCCGACGAGGAGUCCGCGUUUGUGUUCAAGUCCCAGAAUCCGCCGUGUACGACCCCAAGGAAGAAGUUCGAAAGGCGUCCGUGGACAUCGUGCGCUCGUCUCCUUCGAAGAACAAGGGCAAAGGCAAGGUCGGUGUGCCGACCCGUCGCGAACAAGUCGAAGCCCGGCUACGCGCGUGGGGCGCGGAGGAUAUCUGCAUCGGCGAGCCGCUCGACGUCUUGAAGCGGCUUGCGGAGGAAGACCAGUCGUUCGACGCGGUGCUCGAUACCGUCGGAGGCGUCGCGGUCUGGGAGGCAUCCCAGCGACUGCUCAUGACAGACUGGACCGCUGCCGCAGGACGCUCUUCGCUCUCCCUCGCAUCCCGCUCUGAGCUCAAGCUCAACAGCAACGGCUCGCAUUCGCAAUCCCACACAGACGCGCAACACACGGAGGCUCAGCGGCCAAGUAAGCUGAAGAGCAAGGCCGUCUCGCGCGCCCAGUUCACGACGCUUGUCGGAGACACCCCACAACGCGCGAUCCCCACUGCACAAGACAACCUUCGCUCAGGCUUGCGCUCCCUGCGCCGCUCGACUACCACAUCCAACGCGUCCAAGUCCUCCCCGGCAUCACUCGGCCGGAGUGCGAGCAUCUCGGGGAAGUCGAAGCGCAUCGUCGGGUACGCGUGGGUGAGCGUAGCGGCGGACGUCGACUUUGAGGGCGAGGACAUCCGCGACUCGUUGGGCGCUGUCGUCCGCAUGGCCGAGAACGGAUGGUUGCGCCCCUGGGUCGGAGGGACCAAUGCCGCUGGCUCAAGCGGUAUCGGGAACGGGAACGCGAGCACAGAAGAGAGCAAGAUCGUUCCGUUCGAGCGAGCACCCGAGGUGUUCAGGCGUGGAGUCGUCGGCCCGCUGGGCGUGCUCGCCGACGGCGGAAGCUGUGCGGUCAAGAUCGCAGAGUAG